GAAAAAACGCACAAGUGUUGCCGUUGCUGCGCUUCGCGACGGGGAGGGUCACGUCGCGCAUUGUUUGCGAACUCCGCACCAAGGCCACAGCUGAUCUGUGCCAGCAUGGCGUGUUUGUUAGAAUAUUCUACCAAAGUGUUCUGUGGUGUGACAUAUCCACUGUGCUCUCACUAGAUGCGACAAAAUUUUGAGUGAACUCGGCUCUACGCAAUGGACAGAACAUUGUGAUGAUCUGUGUAUUCCUCGGAAUGAUGACGUUGUGUGGCCUUGGUAUGAAAGUUUCUAUUCAAGCGGAAGGGUGAUUCGCGUGCACGAGCCUCGGUGGAAAAUCUACGCAAAUGGUCGAGUACGGAGGUAGUUUUUUUGGUCGUUGAAUUUGCACGGGACAUCCUUCCAACUAAGUAUGGAUAUAUUUUGGAGAUAUUCAGAGUUCGGUUGUGAAAUAGCUGAACGGCAUUCGAACCUAGGUAGCAGUGAGAUUCGGCACCCAGUGCACUUUUCUCGUCUUUGGAAAUUGUUGGUGAUUGACUUGGAUUGCAGGUGCCUCUUGGUUUAGAUGGUUCCCAGCAGAAGAGAAAUGAUGCGUCCAAUUUUCACCUCCGGCCAACUAGCAAACCUUGAAACAGGAGAGCUAUGUUUAGAAUAUUUCGAUAACUGCAUGUGGUGUUUGUUUUUUUAGAACGAAAUGUUUACUAAUUUAGGCUCCUACAGAGAUAGAGCUCUCAUUGGCGUAGUUUAGUAAGCCCAUUGACAGUUCUGCAGGACGUGCAAGCAACGUGCAAAACGCAUGCGGAUAGUUCAUAUUUCAUCUGGAACCACAGCGAAUGUGGCUUACACUUCCUAAUGAACCAAUCUGUGGCUCACCUGCAAUGCAUCGUUAGUCAAAACGAGUAUAGGUUAAUUACUGAAAUACCGCAAGUGACCUACGGAUUGUCAAAACGUUAUGCCCACGAACAUGACUGCCCCGUCCUCCGGCCGUAAGUUGCCAAUUAUGAUUUCAACAAGCGCAGAUUGAUGCAUAACACGACAAAGACGAGCCAUUGUCUCACUCCAAUAAGUGAUUCCGCAUAUACUGGUGCAUGUGUGAUGCACCACGUGACAACUUCUGCUGUCGGAGCUAAAGGCACCAGGCGACAAACUCCGUAAGAUAUAAUUACAGCUCAUCUAGUAUAGAUCAACAGUUUGCACAAUGACAUUCAGUAAUUGUUGAAUAUCGCACUGGUACAGCGCAACAGAGCCGAAAUCUGUAACUGGCCAGCAGCCAUGCCACAUUACUAAACAUAGCUACGUAAAAACAGAGGAGAAACGAAGUGUGACAGACUGCCAAGCAAAAUUUUACAUGGGGAGGAACAUCAAGAAGAUUGCAAAUGAAACAACAUGGACACAGAAAAUGAAUUGAAGAAAUACUGUGUCAAGCCGGGUAAGUAAACCUCAUGAACGAUCCACUGCGGCACAUAUCGGUGAACAAACACAAAACAUAUCAUCAAACGGGGAGGUCCUAAAACUGAAAAAUAGACAGUUUUGUAACGCACAGAAACCCUUAUCAUCGGGUAAUUACGAACUAAAUGUUCCGUCAACCCUAUCAGAUUGCUCCUGAAAAUUACCGUCACAACUCUACAAAGUUGUUGAAAAGGAAUUCAGUUGUAGCGACUGUAUUAUUUGACAUACCUCACUGAAGUGGAAAAGUUCACUUUGAGAACUCGUAGGAGGGAACAGGACGGCGCGACUAUGUCGAUGAGAGGAAUCCACCAGCCAUGUAGACUGCGACGGCUGGGUAGUUCGAUGCAUCGUCCAUGAUUUGCUCGCCGGGGAAUGUGGGCUUGGCGUCUGGGAGACAAUGGAAGCUCUCUGCAGUUCUGGACUCAGAUUUUAUGUCUUGUUCUGAAUGAUUCGAGUGAAUGCUCAUUCAGAAUGGAACCUGCAGUCGUCACCCCAUUGCUCGGAUGUUAGAGGUGUAUUGUGCUUUGAUUCUGCCUCUCGUGGGACAGAAAGUGAUAGGUUGCGCAUGUUCCAUGAAUUUUUGUACAACUUUUGUAAAGACGCUCCAGAGAGGCAAUCUGCACGACGGAAAGAUGUUCGGGAAGUGGAAGUACAUUGCCUCCAGAGUUCGGAGAAUGUUUGUUUUGAGCUUUAGGACGGCGAGUGAGUGGAGUUAAUUCUGUAAGUCACAAGAAUGGUGGUGUGAUAUUUUGCGCGCACAGGGGGAGCUCCACUGUGUUAGCAAUCGAGUCGUGUAAGAAGAAUGGUAGCAAUUGACUUAUGUUGCAGAGGUGAUUGGGUAGGUUUUUAUGGUGCGCGGGAAAUCUGGAAUUUGAGGUUGUCGAGAGGAAGAUUGAAGUUCAUGGUAUCUUUUGGUGGAGAGGAUGAUCCUCGGCUACCUUAAGGUGUUUACUAUUUGCGCAAUGCGGAUAUCCUGAGACAGGCACAGUGUAGUGUUUUGGGGACAUUCUCCUUUUCUCGCAAACGUUGAAGCAUGGUUUACUUUGAAGGAUCAAUCUUAAGUCCACCGAAAAUGCUGGUGCAGUUUCCUGUAAGCAGCAGUCAUGUUCGUGAAAAGCUGAUUUGUGAAUUCAUUCCUACACUUAAGUAACGGGCUGAAGCCACUGUACUGUGUUGGAAGUGGUUGAGAGCAUGUGGACUGUCGCUGGUGGUUAGAGGCUAAAUCAAUUCACGUAUGUAUCACUAGAUGAGUUUCUCUCAUCAGCUGUGCGUGGAUCCUCAUCUCCCGGUGGUAUUUGCAGUCAGCGGACAAGCGUCUGGUUUUGAAACAGAAUCUACAAACAUUCUAUGAAGGGUGAUCCCUAGUUCUUCCUAGAUAGGUGCGUUAAGGUGGGAAUUCUGGGGGCCCAAUGUGGUUCCCCCAGUCGUGGCAUGAGCGAAAAUAAACGGUCGCUUGGAGACGGGUUGCAAUGCAUAGGAGAUCCGUUCUUCGUUGCAGGUCAUGUUUUCAAGCAUUCCGGGGGAAAAGAUCGAGGUGGUUGCAAGAGCAUCGUUGUGCACUUGGAGAAUGAAAUUGUUACAAAGCUGGCCUACUGGGCUUUGAAGGAGCACCCAUUCUCUUUCAUAAUAGCAUUAUGAAACUGUGAAAGAGUCUCAUGAGAGGAGAUAUUUGUAGAGUGGAAUGAAAUAUGCUUCAGCGGGAAUCUUUGUAUACGAGUAAGACAUGGCUGGUUGUUGGAACGAUAACCGGUUACAGAAGGUUGUAAGGUCUCAUCUGGACGCGACAGACAUGGAUCAAGUGUGGAAGAUCAAGGAAAGUGAAGACAGGGGCAGAUUAAGGACUCGCAAACCCGACAAAGAUAAUAAAUCCAAAACACAAGUUGUUCCUCCUCUGAGCAGAAAAUCGCAUCCAAGAAACGUGACAUCGUUCGAGGGUAGAAGAGUUUCUAGUGAUGAGGUUAAAGCUCAUGAACCCAAACUGGUUCAGUUGAAUCUGAAACCAAGUUUGAUGGGAGUUCAUGUCUGUGACGAAGAAGAUCAAUUCUUUAGUAGACAGUCAUCAAUGACCUCUGUGAUUUCGGACAAGUUCCGAUCAGGAAUAGCCUGCAUAUCUUGUGGAAGUGAAGGACAACAAGGACUUUUGGUGGAUACGCAUGGGAGAAAACGUGGUACAUCAGUUAUGGCUACAUCUAUAUCAUCUAAUGCUGGCAAGGGUGACAAGGGUGGCAUACCUUUGGCUGAGAACGAUAUUCAUCUGAACGAAAAUGGAACAGUGCCGUAUCUCGAGAAAUCGAAUGUUGCCAGUAGUAUGUUCUACCCCUCUCCACGGCUUCGAAGCGGUGUCAACAGUAGCAUACCCAAUUCUCCGCAUUCUACUUUUGGCACAAGUGGGACUGAUCACACAACUGACAAAAAAUUUAAGCACCGAUUAGGGAAGUCAAGGUUACAAAAAUCCAGCGAUACGGGUGUAGAGACGACACAAAACAACUCCCAAGACAAUGGAAAAAUUCAAAGCAAUAAUGGUUCUGCAGCGAAGAUGAAUAGACGCUCUUCAAUGAGCGCUGCUGAUCCUAAAGUUAUUUGUCCGGCAGCACCAACGUUUUCAGAGAGAUUAUUUGGAUACGAAUUCUCAAGAGACCGUUCGCAGAGACUAUACCAGCCCGACACCAAGUGUACAUCCACUCAGAUAGGAGCUAACGAAUGGCAACAUAGUCUUCACCCAGGUCGGUGCUCUAUUUCGAUACAUGCGAUGUCUGAUUAUGACGAUACCGACGAGGAUGAUAUCAUUAUUGAGGAUGACGUUAUCUUCCAAAUCCCCAACGACCUUGCCUUACAUUGUUCCCAAGAACACCAUGCUGAUCCUGCUACUGGAGGAGCAAAACGAAAACCAUCGGUUGAGCGUUGGUCAUCAAACAGGAAGUCAUUCAACUUGGAUUUGGAGCAAAUACCAGCCAACACUUUGUCCAUAAACGUCAAUGGAAGCAGACAUCACCGAUCCACUGAACCAGGAAAAUCUGUAAAAUCUAGAGCCAAACUUGAUGUGUCACAACGGGACAUCUCCCUGAGCAGCUUGAAUUCUAGCGUUGAUGGAGGAUCCAGGCGGUUGAAGAUAGGAGCGCUUGACUCAUUCGCAUCUGAACGCCGUAGAUGGUUGGAUUUUGAGUCGGAAUUAAACGAUUUCGUGUUAAAUUCUGGGCGUUUGAAGAUGGAUAUUACACAUGAGCCAGACCUCGACGAGCCCGACUUGGAACAAGUGAAAAACGAGCUCAACAAAUUUCAGGAUGAUCGAGCGAAAAUGGACGAAGCAGCGUUUCCAUUCAAUUCUCCGGUCGCUUCUUCCUUUGUUUUCGGAAAUGACGGCGUCAAAUGCCCUGAGGAUGCGCAUCAACAGCAUCUCACAAUUAGUAUUUCAUUGAUUCCUAGAAUCCUUGUCUCAGAAAUGGAGCUGGACAACGAAGACUUUGAGCAUAGCGAUGCGUAUCAUGAUCCCGAUGAUAUUGAUGCUGAUGAUGGAUCUAUAUCAGAUACAAAUUCGUCACUCACAACGUUCUCAUUAGAAGCAGAUAGCAAUGGAGGCUUAAUUGAUCCGCAUCCCCAAUGGGUUUCCAACCGAAGCUUCAAAUAUGUGACGGAUGUAGUUGAUCACAAUAGUAGGUAUUUGGACAUAGAAUGUCAAUCGGGGAGGUUUAGCGUUGAUUUACGACGAGACAAGAGGUUAGACAAGGCAGAUCAUGUGUCCAGGCCAGCUAUGAAGCUAAGAAUGUUGAAGACUCAGAAGACAUCGUCAAGACGAUCCCUUUUGUCACCUUGCUUGCCUUUUUUGCAUAGACAAAGAUAUAUAUCUAGGUUACAACAGCGACCAUUAGCAGCAUCAAGAAGACUCUCAUUCACUGCCCGGCUUGGUCCAAUUGAGGACGCGGUACCGAAGCUGCAAGCUGGCGACGGCUUCACUGCUCGGCUUGGCCAGCCUGCCGAAACAGCCUCUAAGUUAAAAGCAAUUAACAGCUUCACCGCUCGACUCGGACCCCGACAAAGUUGUUGAAAUUGAUUCCGAGUGAUAUAAUGAGUUCUGCGGUUCUGGACCCAUGAGCAGGUAUUGUUCUUCUACUGUUGUAAACAGGAUUUCUCAUUCUGCAAGAUUGUCCAAUUUAUUUUUUUAUUUUAUUUUAUUUUUUUGUAAUAGAUAUUAGUUUUGAAUAUUGUUAUUGAACCCUUGCAGAUAUUUUCAGAAUCUACACUCCUAAUUGAGGGUGCUUGUUAGCUCUCGCAGCCCUAAAUUGAAACUUCCAGACCUCUCAAUCUUCUUAACUCUAUAUACUCUAUAAUUUUAGUGGUUCAUAAUGUUUGAUCCAGUUUGCAUGACUUCAUGUUCGAAGAUUUUAUGUUUCGUGGGUUCACUUGUCUUUUGGCACUCCAGAGCAUUGCAUGAAAAGACUUCCAACGAUGACAAUGCCAUGUCCUUUGCGUUGUGCCGCCUAGGUAACUUUUUUUUCCACCUCUGCCUCCUCGAUCCAAGAUUCCUUUCACAGACAACAAUCGUAGUUGCUAGAUCUGUUGUACAUGAUUAAUCAAUAUUGAGGCCAAUAUGAAGUCUGAGGUCAAGAAAAAGUUAACUCUAAGCACAAGUUGGUUGGCUUUUAAAGAAUGAUGAUAAUUUAAGUCUUGAGGUCAGGGUUCAACAUUCUUCUCUCUUUCUUUCUCUCUUAAUUUUUGUUUGUAAUGUAUACGCAUUGAAGAUAUUAAGUGUUGCAGAUUAAGUACAUUUUUUGAAUUCAUUGAGGCAGUCAAUUGGAUUUCCUAGUGAGCUGAACUAGUCAGUCCAACUGCAACACCGUUUGUACAAUUGUAUAAACAUUAUAAAUGUCUAAUUUAUGUAUCUCACUUGUAACA